GGGCUGGUGAGCCCGGACCCCCUCCUCAAGACCGCAUCCCCGGGGCUCCCGCCGCCAGCUGCCCGUCGCUGCCGUGGACGCGGCCGCACCGCGGCGUCGUCGGAGGCCAGCUGGAACAGCCGCUCCGGGCUGCUCGCCAGCAACCAGUCGCCGUCCGCGGCUAGGCAGCACGACAAGGGCUAUGGCAGUGGCGUCACCGGCGUCGUCGUCCUAGAUACGAUGGACGAUCAGCAUCACCGCGGCGGCAAGAAGCCUGUCGCCGGCGCCUUCGGGCAACGCUGGGGGAUCUUCAGCCGGGACUGCCCCUGCGCCGGUAGGAAGGCGGUCACCGUCGACGUCGCCUCCGAGCCGACGACCCCGAGGAUCCACGCGAGGUUCGACGCCAGGGAGGAGUUCUUUAAGGCCAACGGGCUGCCUCCUCCGUCUCCAAACGACGAGCCCGGCGUGAUGAAGAUUUUUACGACGGGGAGCUGCGCGUUCCCGCUUCGCGCCAACAACAACAUCCUCGCCCCGGCGCAAAAUAACGGCGUAAACGCUUCGUUUCCCGCUUUCCCGCCCGACGUUGGCCGCCGCGUCGUGAGCUCUGGCGGAUUCACCUUCCCGGUGAUCAGCCCGUCGAAGGCCAUCAGCAGCAGCGUCGUCGACGAGCCGCCGCGCGAGUCGCUGGAGGUGUUCCGUCCCAUCGACGAGGACUCGGUGGUGCUCAUGGACCCUCCGCCGCCCCUUGCCGCGGCCGGCUUUCUGCGUGCGCCGGCGGUCGUGGCGGCGACGGACGACGACGCGAUGAGCGACGCGAGCUCGGACCUGUUCGACCUGGAGAGCUUUGCGGCGUCAUCGUCGUACCCGACCACGUACCGUGGUCGCAGUAGCCGGCGCAACUCGGGGGACGACGACUUGGCGUACGCCGCCGCCGCCGCGGAGCCAGCGCUGAGCGAGUGCAUGUACGCGCCAAGCGAGGCGAGCGUGGUGUGGAGCGUGGCCACGGCCGAGGGCGUCGCCUACGACGCCGACAGCGUGGCCAACUUCUCGAGCGCGGCAUCCGCGUGCGGCGUCGAAGAGUUCCGGUUCGUCCCGCCGGGGUCCGCCGCCGGCCACGACGGCUUCACCGCCGCCCUGUCCCGAAGCGCCGGCCGCAAGAAAGGCGGCGGGUUCUUGGACAGCUGCCGGUGCGAGAAGGCCGUCAGCGUCGGGCCGACCCCGGUCCGUGUGGCCCGUCCGCCGGCGGUCCCGGCUAACAAGACGGUGAUGGGGCUGGAAAGCAGCGGCGUCGCGCGCUACCACAACCGCCGCGUCCACAUGCCGGUGCGGACGUGA